GAAGAAAAAAAAUUAUAUCUCCAUAUACUAUAGAGUAUAAAGCAUCAGAAAAUACCGACAGUGUAACACAGGCAACGCCCGAUUGCACGUGAGCUAUAAUCUUAAAGUUUUCAAGUAUUUAAAUUUUUAACAUUUUCAGUAAUAUUAAUACUUAAAAUGUCGAAACCGGUAAUGGUGAAAUUUAAUAAUGGAAAUGAAGCACCGAUUUUGGGUCUUGGAACAUGGAAAUCAAAGGCAAAUGAAGGUAUUGAAGCUAUCAAAAAUGCAAUCGAUGUUGGAUACAGACAUAUCGAUUGUUCUCCAGUUUACGAAAAUGAAACUGAUGUUGGCAAAGCUUUGAGUUCAAAGAUCAGCGAAGGAAUUAUCAAACGCGAUGAUGUUUUUAUCACUUCAAAACUCUGGUGUACCAAACACAAACCGGAACUUGUUGAACCGGCUUUGAGAAAAACUCUUAAUGAUCUCGGUCUCAAUUACUUGGAUUUAUAUUUAAUUCAUUGGCCAAUGGCUUUUCAAGAAGGAGAAGUACCAUUUCCCUCAGAUGAAAAUGGAUUGUCAAUCGAUAGCGAUGUAGAUUAUGUAGACACAUGGAAGGCAAUGGAGAAAUGCGUCGAGAAGGGAUUGGUAAAAAAUAUUGGUGUCAGCAAUUUCAAUUCAAAGCAAAUCGAAAGGGUUUUGGCAAUUUGUAAAAUAAAACCAGUAACCAAUCAAGUUGAAUGUCAUCCUUAUCUUCCUCAAGUGAAAUUAUCCGAAUUCUGUAAGUCCAAAGGUAUUGUUAUAACGGCAUACAGUCCUUUUGGUUCACCCGAUAGACCUUGGGCGAAACCUGAUGAUCCAGAACCUCUGAAAGAUGAAAGAAUUAAAAAAAUCGCUGAUAAAUACAAUAAAUCACCAGCACAAAUUCUUCUUCGUUAUCAGGUUCAAAGAGGCCAUAUCGUCAUUCCUAAGUCUAUUAGCAAACAACGUAUGCAGCAAAACUUAUCAAUUUUCGAUUUUGAAUUAACGAAGAACGAUAUUCAGGAAAUUCAUACGUUUGACAAAAAAAUGAGAGUUUGUAGUAUGGCCAUGUCUGUGAAAAAUAAACACUAUCCAUUCAAUGAGGAAUUCUAAUAAAAUUUAAGAGAACGUUUAGAAUGUAUUUUGUGUACUUAUCACUGAUGAAUAAAAUUUAUGUUUCAACUCA